AUGGACAAAAAGGCUGAAUUCCACAGGCGGCAUCACUGCCCACAUAUGCCAACAGGAUUCCACGACAAAACUCUGCAGCCUUGUCUGCUGACUGAAUACAAUGAAAAAUACCCUUUAUAUGGAGAUAUCAAGCCCAGGGAAAACUACAAACCAAAACCUGAAACUUUGUCUAAACGUGGCAAAAUGGACGGAACAUCAACAUUUAGAACAGAUUAUAUACCUCAUGAAAUUACACAGCGACCACAGCCAAUGCAGCAUGACUACAGACCAAAAUCUGGUGAGAUGGAUCACCAUACAACCUAUAAGGUAGACUUCAGUCCUCACAAGAUUAAACCUGCAAAAAGUAUGCGUCCUCCACCACCAAAACCUGGGAAAGGAGGAAGAAUAGACACUGUACCAACAUACAAAGAUGAUUACCGACUCUGGGACAUUCCCAAAAGGAAGCCUAAAGCUGCAGAACCUUACUGCCCACCUACAUCACGGUUUGGAAAUCCAUCUACAUUUCAAGAUGACUUUGGUCCCAAAGGAUAUGCACUAAGGGAGAGUUUCAAACCACCUGAUGCACCUAGGGUAUCUGAUGUUCCCUUUGAUGGUCUAACAAAUCACAAAAUUGCUUAUAUUCCUCAUCCACUGGGGGAUCGAUACAUUAAGCCACCAGAUGAAUACAAACCAAGUGAUAUACCUUUUGACAGCAUCACCACUCACCGUCGUGAUUUUAGGGGAUUGCAUGGAGAUCCAACUAAAAGCUUCAAACCUGAUCCUGGAAAGAUAGGAUCAGAUGCUCCCUUUGAUGGCAACUCAGAAUUCCAUGAUCGUUUUCAGGCAUGGCCUAUCACCUUGCCAUAUGUCCACAAGCAUCCAGAUUAUGUGCAACCAGAAGGUCCAAUGGAUUUGAAUAGCACUUCCCACCUUGAUUAUGUUGGGCAUAAAGUCAAGCCACCAGCUCCAUUUAAACCUGCAUUGACAAGAAGGGUCCAUGCUCCCUUCCAAGGGAGUACCACAAUGAAAGAUGACUUCAAAACAUGGGAUAUAAAGAAGCCAGAGAUAAUCAAAAGGGUUGAAGAAAUGGGAAUACCAGAUGCAAAAUUUGAUGGAUUAACAACCUUUAAAGCUAAUUAUGUUCCUCAUCCAAUUAAACCAACUCAUAGCUUCAAACCAUCAGAUACCCCUCUACAUAGCUCAAUACCAUUCGACGCUGGAACCUUGUAUCGUACUGAGUAUACACCAAAGAGGCUAGAAAUCUGUCCUGCCAGCUAUCCAACUCCACCAGGUUAUGUCUAUGAAAGCACUGAUGCACGUGGUCAUAAAUUCUUCCACAAGAUGACCCCAUCAGAAGAAAAGCUGGCAGUGCCAAAUGAAAUGCAUCUUCCAAAGGAAGUAGCUGUAGCAUCCUAA